UGUCUUUUCUUUGUUUUGUGUAGUGUUUUACACUUUUGAUACGUUUGACAUUCAACUAUUUUUUCACGUACAUAAGUAGGUACGUGAAUUUAUGGUUAUCAACGGAUACGAGGGAGUAAUUGUGUUAUUUUGUACAUAUAUCUUACUUGCGUGCCUGUGAUCUUUGGAAUUGAUCUACUUACACAGCAUACACUGCUACUGUUUGAAGUAACAUCCAACUUAUCCAGCUGAUUCAUUCUUGCAUUAAACCUAUACCUAUACACCUAUAUAUACGGACAAGCAUGUUAGCUUGCCAUGCAUCUUGAAUAACUUACUAAUUGUUUCGGUAUACUUGUUGAAUUGAAACUUCAAUUGGAUGGGGUGUAUUGAACAAUUAAGUUUAAGUUUAUAAUCGUUCUCUUCUGUUCAACGUGUAUCACGAUACUAAUUGAAUAUCACACAAGCUAGUUUAAAAAUUAGCACAAUUUUAUGUUAUCGCCGUUUAAUUUCAAUAACACUGAUAAGAAAAACGUGUGAUAAGUGCCACUGAUACAAAGGAUUACGUUUAUUCGUUGUUCAACUGUAAAUAUUGUCAAUAAUAAGAUUAUAAAGAAACGUAAAUCACUGCAGACAAUGAAAAUAAUGAGAUUUGAAGAUUUUAAAAAGAGAAAGACCAAGUAAUAGAAGUUCAGUACAUACUUUUGGGUGCUAUGAUUUUUGCAAGACUUGCAACUUGGUAAAGUACACGAAAGAAACGGAAAAUUUGAGAGGCGAACAUCAAAGCAAAAUUCCUCCUUGAUGAUUCUGUAAGAAAAUUGAAGAAAACCUGGUGAAAUGGUGUACCAUUGGCAGAGUCAAAAUGUCAAAGUCUCCGGAGUGGACGACAUGGUGCUGCUGUCGAAAAUCAACGAGGACGCGAUCGUCGAGAAUCUUCGCAAACGAUACGCGGAUGACUACAUAUUCACAUGCAUUGGCCCCGUGCUUGUGUCGAUCAAUCCGUUCAAGCAGAUGCCAUAUUUCAGCGAAAAAGAAAUAGAAAUCUACCAGGGUGCGGCGUUGUAUGAGAACCCGCCGCACAUUUUCGGCUUGACGGAUGGCAUGUACCGAAACAUGCUGAUCGACUCUGAAAGCCAGUGCGUGAUAAUAAGUGGCGAAUCCGGGGCAGGCAAAACAGUCGCUGCCAAGUAUAUAAUGUCAUACAUAGCACGAGUCAGUGGUGGUGGCGAGGGAGUCCAGAAAGUCAAGGACGUCAUACUCGAGUCUAAUCCGUUGCUCGAAGCUUUUGGAAACGCCAAGACCGUAAGGAACAACAACAGUAGCAGAUUUGGUAAGUACGUCGAGAUGCAGUUUAGCGCUGGUGGAAGGCCGAGCGGAGGAAAGGUUUCAAACUUUUUAUUGGAAAAGUCGAGGGUCACGAGUCAUAACCCAGGGGAGAGGAAUUUUCAUAUUUUUUACCAAUUGGUGACUGGAGCUAAUUCAGAAAUGAAAUCUGAACUUGGUCUUACGGAUUUAAACGACUACGACUACCUGAGGUAUGGUGGAAAUCACAAAGUCGAUGGAACGAACGACGCUCGAGAUUUUCAAGACACGUUGAAAGCGCUCAGUGUGAUGGGCAUUAAAAAUAUGGAAACUACCGACAUAUUGAGGCUAGUGGCUGGAAUUUUGCACAUAGGAAACGUACGGUUCACGGAAAAGGGAAACUAUUCACAAGUUGCAGAUAAGGAUUACCUCAACUUUCCAGCGUACCUCUUGGGCAUCUCGCCAGAGCAGUUGUCGCACAAAUUAACUUCGCGGCAAUUCGAGUCGAAAUGGGGUAGUCAAUCUGAAAGCGUGGAUGUGACGCUUAACGUCGAACAGGCGCUCUAUGCCAGGGAUGCUCUCGCUAAAGAUCUCUACGCACGUCUUUUUGAUUAUUUGGUGAAGAUAGUUAAUUCAGCCAUGGUGACUACACAGGAGGAUUUUGAAAUUGGUAUUCUGGAUAUAUAUGGAUUCGAAAUAUUCGAGAAAAAUGGCUUUGAACAGUUUUGCAUCAAUUUUGUUAAUGAAAAAUUACAACAGAUAUUCAUCGAGCUGACUCUCAAAGCUGAACAGGAAGAGUACGUGUCGGAGAACAUAAGGUGGACGCCGAUCGACUACUUUAACAACCACGUGGUCGUCGAGCUGCUCGAGGGAAAGAGGCCACCCGGGCUCUUCCUCAUCCUUGACGACGUAUGCGCGACUCUGCACGGAGGCAGUACCGGAGCUGACAACGAUCUUCAAAAGAAUUUCAUUAAUGCGGCCAACAGUCACGCUCACUUCCAAAGCACCAGCGACGGUUUCACCGUACUUCAUUACGCCGGGAGCGUUUCCUACUCGGUCGAGGGUUUUUGCGACAAGAAUCGCGACGUUUUAUUCCUGGACCUCGUCGAGCUCAUGCAAACCAGCACAAAUUUGCUGGUUCAGGAGAUUUACCCGUCAGCGGAUCAUCAGCAUCAGGAGGGCAUCACGAAGACCCUCGGCAAGUCACGACCGACGACCGCCGGCAGUAAGAUCAAGCAACAGGCUAGCCGGUUGGUCGGGCAAUUGAUGCGCUGCACGCCGCACUACAUACGCUGCAUCAAGCCCAACGAGACUAAAAGGCCCGGCGAUUGGCACCAGGAUCGCGUUCGCCAUCAAAUCGAGUAUCUCGGCCUCAAGGAAAACAUACGGGUGAGGAGAGCCGGGUACGCCUACAGGCGUCCCUUUGCUAAAUUUAUCCAGCGCUACGCGGCGAUACUUCCACGGCAGGCGAGGUCGAGCUCGCGGGACGAGCGCCAGGAAGUCGAGAGGAUACUCGCGAGCGCUUGCAUUGACCGGGGACAAUACCAGCUCGGCAGGACGAAGCUAUUCAUCAAGGCGCCCGAGAGUGUCUUUAUGCUGGAGGAGGCGCGGGACCGCGAGUACAACAUGCACGCCCGGGUGAUUCAGAAGGCGUUCAAAAAGUAUUUCGCCAAGAAACGCCAGGAGGCACGGAAGCAGGAGGCCGCCGAUUUGUUUUACGGGCACAAGCAGCGCCGCAGGGCGAGUCUCAAUCGCAACUUCGUGGGUGACUACAUCGGUUUGGACAUGAAGCCUAAGCUGCUCAAUAUUGUCGGCAAGCGGGAAAAAAUCUUUUUCGCCGAAGUCGUCAAAAAGUACGACCGGCGCUUCAAGAUGAGCCGGCGAGAUCUGAUUCUGACCGGCAAGUGCCUGUAUCUGAUAGGCCGGGAUCGCCUGAAGAGGGGACCGGAAAAGGGCAAACUAGUCGAGGUGAUCAAAAGAAAAUUGCUCUUCGAACAAAUCAGUCAACUAUCACUCAGUACUAUGCAGGAUGAUUUUGUGGUCAUUCACACGAGAGAAGAUUACGCCAGUUUUCUGGAAUUAACUUUCAAAACCGAAUUUGUUUCGAUCUUUAAUAAAAAGUACAGAGAAGUAGUGGGCCACGCGCCACUCAUUAAAUUUUCCAACAGCAUCGAGUUCAAAGUUAAAAAAGAAGGAUGGGGCGGCGGAGGUACGAGAACCGUCAAAUUCGUGCAAACAAACUCCGGAGACUUGGAAACGUUGAAUGCCAGCGGAAAAAUGCUCACCGUCAGCAUUGGUCCCGGCUAUCCAUCCAACACCAAGCCAGGAUCGGUAUCGUCCGCGCGAACGGUCUACGGCCGUUCAACUGGAAUACAACAUCGUGGUGCCGCUCCCCCGAUGCGAAGCCCUAGUCAUCCCGCGGCAAGUCAACAGCAGCAGAAUCGAUAUGAAAACGUCUCUGUGAUUUCGAGGUCGCAACAUGAGCCCCAAACGCAACCGGGACCCCCCAACGGUUGGUCGGGUCCAUCGGCAGCUAACCGAUCUCAGCUGCAGCAGACCAUCAGCGAGGCUCCGUCGGCAAAGGUAAUGCCCGGCAGAUUGCCCGCUGGGUGCGUUCCGAUCAUGGGCAUGUAUGCACAGCCUACCAAGAAUCCUAGAGGGUCACCACACCACCACUACUGGCAAAGAUCUAUGCAUCAACUCAAGUAUUCUUCGCAGUAA